GCCACCCGUCACAGAUGCCUAAUGAGAUCGAUCUAUGACGCCGCGUCCCCGAUGCUCGUCGCCCGGCGAUCGUCGCGUCUUCGUCGCCCGCCUGCGAAUCGCGAGAGCAAAUCAUGGCGUCCGACACACGUCUGUCUCGUGGCCCAUCAAGUCUUCCGUGGAGCUUUCAAUGCCUCCUUCCCUAUCCCAACCCCUGACGACUCUCACACGACUUCGAUUCGCUCCGCUGUGGCCAGCCAGACCCUUUGUAGUUCGCCCUCUUCGGCCGUCUACUCUCUCUUUCUUACAGUUCAGUGCCAUGGCGCCCAAACGCAAAGCCGCUGCUGUCACUGGCGCUGCGUACACCGACCCUUCAGGAAGCAAGGCGAACGAGCGCUCACGACGUGCCGGCCCCUCAAAGAAGAUCAAGGCAACGGGCAACGGCGAGGCAAAUUCCACGCUCGGCCGCCCGCGCGUCGAAGAGAAGUAUGGAAUCGUGCAGAGAGAGUUCUAUCCGCCGGAAAUGUCUAAUGAACGCUGUGCAAUGUACAACAACAACGAGAUCCCAAAGCCCAUGGAAGUUCUCGAAUCGGCUAUGGAGGAAACCGCCGAGGACCGAGCGAAUAUAAAAGUUGGCAAGGCAGUGCUGCACUGGUUCAAGAGAGACCUACGGAUGCAUGAUAAUCGCGGGCUUUCCAUGGCUGCGGAGAAGGCUAGGGAAGCAAAAGUACCGUUGAUCACUCUGUUUGUGGUCAGCCCACAAGACCAUCAGGCCCAUCUCACAAGCCCAGCACGUGUAGACUUCGAACUCCGGACAUUGGCUGUCUUGAAGCGAGACCUAGACGAGCUGGACAUACCGUUACAAGUGACCAUAAUCAAUAAGCGGAAAGACGUGCCGCAGUACAUUCUGCAAUUCUGCCAUGAACACGGAAUCAGGCAUGUAUUCUGCAACAUCGAGUACGAGGUAGACGAGCUUCGACGCGAAGCUAAGCUGACACGCCUGUGCCUUGGGAAGGGAAUAUCGUUUACUGCGCUGCAUGACGAUGUUGUGGUACCACCUGGCCGCUUGGCUUCUGGCACCGGUAAGCAGUACGCCGUGUAUUCUCCGUGGUUCAGAGCGUGGAUAGCCCACCUUCACGCACAUCCGGAUUUGCUCGAGGCAUCCGAACCACCAGGGAAAAACCCAGCUCAUGCUCGGAAAGAGUUCAAAGACAUCUUCCAGUCGUCCAUACCCUCCGCCCCUGAAAACAAGAAUCUGGCACCAGAAGAGAAGGAACGAUUUGAGAAGCUGUGGCCUGCCGGAGAGCACGAGGCUAUGGCCAGGUUGAAGCAUUUCCUCAACGAAAAAAUUGGCAGAUAUAAGGAUACCCGUAACUUUCCGGGAGCCGCAAGUACGGCCAUGGUCUCAGUUCACCAUGCCGUGGGAACGUUGGCGGCACGAACGAGCUGCAGGAUGGCGAGGGACGCCAAUAGCACAAAGAAGCUCGAUGGUGGCAAUGCAGGCAUCGCAUGUUGGAUCUCUGAGGUGGCCUGGAGGGAUUUCUACAAACAUGUCUUGGUCAACUGGCCGUACGUUUGCAUGCACAAACCGUUCAAAUACGAGUAUGCAAACAUUGAAUGGGAAUAUGACGAUGAGCUCUUCGAUCGCUGGUGCAAAGGAAUGACUGGAUUUCCUAUCGUCGAUGCAGCGAUGCGUCAACUCAACACCAUGGCCUAUAUGCACAAUAGGUGCCGUAUGAUAGUCGCGUCAUUUCUCGCGAAGGACCUGCUGAUUGACUGGCGCUUGGGGGAGCGGUACUUCAUGGAACACUUAAUCGACGGCGACUUCGCGAGCAACAACGGCGGAUGGGGUUUUUCAGCGUCGACAGGAGUUGAUCCCCAACCGUACUUUCGAAUAUUCAACCCUCUGCUUCAAAGCGAGAAGUUCGACGAAGACGGCGAGUUCAUACGGAAGUGGGUGCCUGAGCUCAAGGACAUCAAGGGUAAGGCGAUCCACGACCCGUACGGAAGGGGCGAGGGCAAGAGGGCGCAAAUGAACGGCUACCCGAAACCAAUUGUGGAUCACAAGCAGUCUCGCGACCGGGCACUUGCACGGUACAAGGCAGGCAUUGGCAGAGAAACUGCUUAAUAUGAAACGCUUUGCCAACAAAGUGCUGGACCGGUCUUCGGCAUCACAAUCUUCGCUCUCUGUGGACUCUGCCCACACCCCCCAAACGGCUCAUCUGGUAGCUCAGUUUAGUAAACUGCGUCUAUACGAGAAGGCUACCCCGCAAAAGCCCAAAGUGUCUUACUGUACUUCUUAGGACACGUUAGCCGCACUCAAGGUUCUUGGACUUCCUUGCUUUCCCUCAGCUUAAGGACACCAUUCCGUUGGCGUCCUGUGAUCGGUGACGUCGUGCCUGUGCACACCCUGUUGCGACAUUGCCCGCCGUAUGCAGCUUGCCAGUUUUGCUUCUUACUACAGAAUCAUAGCCAAACUAAGAACCUUUCUUUCUCCUUCG